AUGGAGCUAGAGCGUCUGCUGUUUGAGCAGCUCCAUAUCGACAAUGUGCCCCCAACGUACCAUGUUCACGCGGCUUUGUUCCGUGACGUGACCAACGCUAAGUUCCUGCACGAGCAGCUGCUCGCGCGGAACAGCGGCUUCGAGUAUGCCUUCGUCGACGCUACUGCUAUCUUCUCGCGCACACAACUUCUGUCGGCCAUCUUUCGUGCCCUAACGGGUCUAAUUAACGGCCGGCUAGCGACUCCAAACGUGCACUCCGAGAUCGUGCUGUCCUUGAGCCCAAACAACAAUAUUGCCGAUGCCUACCGCCGAUUUGGAAUUACGCCGGGAUUGACACAGGACAUUAUAGUUGUCAAAACGUGGGGGCACCUGAGCGAAAAUGUUGCUGGCAAACCCGUGCGUCUUACGGAUGACGAGAUUAGCAAGACAACGGACUGGACCAAGGUCUGCAAGUACUACAAGCUCAACGAUUUGCCAGUAGUCGACGCGGAAAAGGAUCCUGUAGCGCGCCGGGUCAUGUUGGAGCGCCUCGCUAUAAUGUCUAUGGCCCUGCGCGGAGUCUAG